AUGAUUCAAAAUGCUUUUUCUACGGUUCAGCAAGGAUGUACUCCCGUCUCCUUAUUUUCCAUGAAUUAUGACACUGAAGUCGAUGAUGACAAGAUUGAUGACAAUGAAGUUCUCUCUAUAACUCCACCGGAAAUUUCGGAUUCAAGAACAAACUCAAAUUCAAAUGUUGAAGAGAGUGAUUCUCCUUUGCAAAAUGAGCCCAAGUCUACGGAACCUACUGAUCAUAAGAAUUUCGCUAGUGAUAUCUUUUUCCUUCAGCAAGUCAAAGACCUCAGAGAGAAAAACGAGGCCUUAUCAUUGGAAAACAAACAGCUAAAAGAAUUAAUCAUCAAAUUGAAUAAGCCAUUGAACGCAUUAAUUGCUCUUCAAUUACAAUACCCGAAUAUUCUUCCAAGCAAAACAAUUUCUGUCACAUAUCGUGCUAAUGUGAAACAAAUACCCCCAAAUUUGGUGUCAAGAAUUAUCAACAGCAACAAGACGGCUCGGCUUGGCAUUGUUAGCAAUUAUUUGUUUGAUAAGGGUUAUGUUCUUUUGAAAGAUGAUCAGAAAGAUAUUGUAAUUGAUUGCAUUUUAGAAUGUACUGAAGUGCCAUUGGAUAAGUGGAAAGCGGAACGAAUAUUAUUGAUGAAUUUAAGUCGAACUUUAAAACACAACGCAUCAAAGAAAGAGCACGAAUCCAAAACCAAGAGCAAGCAAUCAUUGUAA